AUGGUGGUUCCUGCUCCAAGAAAUGCCGCUGCUUCCCAAAAGCCUCCUCUCAAGUUCUUGAUCAAUGGUAGGACUGGGUGGAUUGGUGGUCUCCUUGGGAAGAUAUGCACAAAACAGGGCAUACCUUUCGAGUAUGGAAAGGGUCGUCUGGAGGAGCGCUCACAACUCAUAUUGGAUAUCCAGUCAGUGAAGCCAACGCAUGUUUUUAAUGCUGCCGGUGUGACUGGCAGGCCUAAUGUCGAUUGGUGUGAGUCUCACAAGACGGAGACAAUUCGCACCAACGUUGUGGGUACUCUUACUUUGGCAGAUGUCUGCAGGGAGCAUGGGUUGUUGAUGAUGAACUAUGCUACUGGGUGUAUAUUUGAGUACAAUGAUGCACAUCCAGAAGGCUCAGGCAUUGGUUUCAAGGAGGAAGACAAGCCAAAUUUUACUGGCUCAUACUACUCGAAGACAAAGGCGAUGAAUCCUCAAAAGCGGAGGCUGACUCAGACGGGGCAUCUUUGGGCGACGUUGGCUGCGGAGUCGGAGGCGAUUCAUCGUGGUUCGGGAUGCGUCAACACGGUGCCGUCAUGA